UCCUCAUUAGUCAGAAAAGCUAAAGCUGAGUGAAGAAGCACUUUUUUUUACAGCUUAACCACUUCUCUUUAUUCUUUGUGAUAAUCACAACAAAAAAACACAGAAGCAAACACAACUUUUCUUUGGCUUCUGAUCUCAAAAUAUGAGAUCUGCUUCACAUUUGUUCAUCACAUUCCUCUGCUUAACAAUUCCAUCAAUUUUCGGCCAACUUAACGAGUUCAUCAGCAUAGACUGCGGCGGCACAACCGCCAACUACACCGAUAAAACGACCGGCCUGUCAUGGAUUUCCGACUCGGGAAUCCAAACCCGAGGCCGGUCGGUUCAAGUAGGCGACGGCGAAACAAACGAAACCCCGGUCCACUACAACACGCGUCGCGAUUUCCCGACCGACGCCGGAAAGUACUGCUACAAGCUCGACACGGAGGAGAGGCGGCGCUACAUUGUCCGAGCCUCGUUUCUGUACGGCACUUCCGUGACCGAGGGCACGUACCCGAAGUUCCAGCUGUACAUCGACGCGACGAAAUGGUCGACGGUGGCCGUGAUGGAAGCUUCUAGAACCUACGUGAAGGAAAUGAUCGUGCGGGCCCCGUCGAGCUCGAUACACGUGUGCCUCUGCUGCGCCACCACCGGAUCUCCGUUUAUAUCGACCCUCGAGCUGCGGCCUUUGAAUUUGUCGAUGUACGCCACCGAUUACGAAGAUGAAUUUUACUUAAAAGUUGCCGAAAGAAUUAAUUUCGGUGCUCUAAGCCAAGAAGCGAUAAGGUAUCCUGACGACCCAUACGAUCGGAUAUGGGAAUCGGAUCUCGAUCGAAGGGCGAAUUUCUUAGUGGGGGCGGCCCCCGGGACAGAGAGGAUCAACACGACGAAAAGCAUAGAUGUGAACACACGAGAAUAUCCGCCAGUCAAAGUGAUGCAAACUGCGGUGAUUGGAACUGGAGGGAGCAUAAGCUACAGGCUGAAUCUAGAGGAUUUUCCGGCCAACGCACGAGCUUACGCUUACUUUGCGGAAAUCGAGGAUUUGAGACCGAACGAUACUAGGAAAUUCAAAAUGGAGCUGCCUUACAUGCCGGACUAUAGCAACGCGGUAGUGAACAUAGCAGAGAAUGCCAAUGGAAGCUACACGUUGUACGAGCCUAGCUACAUGAACGUCUCGCUGGAUUUCGUUCUGACGUUUGAGUUCAAGAAAACACGAGACUCGACACGAGGACCUUUGUUGAACGCAAUGGAGAUUAGUAGAUACGUGGAGAUUGCCACUAAGACCGAUGAAAAAGACGUGAGUGGCCUUGAUGCUCUGCUAGCUAUGUCUGAACAAAGUGAAUGGGCGAACGAAGGCGGUGAUCCUUGUUUACCGACGAAUUGGGAGUGGUUGACUUGUAGCGCCACGUCACCACCGAGAAUUACCAAGAUUUUUUUGUCAGGUAAGAAUGUGACGGGCGAAAUACCACGAGAGGUUAAUAGCAUGGAAGGAUUGACGGAAUUGUGGCUAGACGGAAACUCGUUUAUCGGGACAAUUCCCGAUAUGAGCGACCUCGUCAAUUUGAAAAUACUGCAUCUAGAGAAUAACCAACUGACUGGUUCGUUACCUUCGUACCUCAGUAAACUGCCGUACUUGCAAGAACUGUACGUACAGAACAACUCUUUGAGCGGGGAAAUACCGUCGUCGUUGCUAAGAGGAAAUUUAACUUUCAGCUACGAAGGCAAUCCGCAUCUUAAACGAACAACGAAAAAACGUAGCAGAGUAAUACUUGGAGCUUCGAUCGGCAUAGUGGCUACACUUAUUGUCCUAUCGAUUUUAAGCAUUUUGUUGCUUCGUCGAUCUAGGUCGAGGACAACCCUACACAGAAACGAGAAAGGAAAUUCGUGGCGUGCGAGCACCAGGCCUUUAUCAGGCUACUCAAUUGCGCGCGACGAAGGUGUGGCAUACUACAUUCCUCUAUCGGACUUAGAAGAAGCUACAAAUAAUUUCUCGAAGAAAAUCGGUAAAGGAAGUUUCGGACCGGUGUAUUACGGAAAAUUAACGGACGGAAAAGAGGUGGCGGUUAAAACGAUGGCUGAUUCGUCUAGUCACGGCACCAAACAAUUCAUUACGGAGGUGGCAUUACUGUCGAGAAUCCAUCACAGGAAUUUGGUUCCUUUGAUCGGAUAUUGCGAGGAAGAGCAUCAACGCAUGCUCGUCUACGAGUACAUGCAUAACGGGACUUUACGAGAUCAUAUAAAUGAUUCCGAGAAUCAAAAGCACUUAGACUGGCUAGCACGUCUUCGAAUUGCUGAAGAUGCAGCUAAAGGUUUAGAGUACUUGCACACCGGAUGCAACCCUAGUAUAAUUCACCGAGACGUGAAAACGAGCAACAUUCUCCUAGACAUAAACAUGAGGGCAAAGGUAUCGGAUUUCGGACUAUCGAGGCAAGCUGAAGAAGACCUAACACACGUAUCGAGCGUGGCACGAGGAACAGUCGGCUAUCUCGAUCCAGAGUACUACGCAAACCAACAAUUGACCGAAAAAAGUGACGUCUACAGUUUCGGAGUUGUUCUCCUCGAACUUAUCUCCGGUCGAAAGCCUGUUUCGACCGAGGAAUACGGUUCCGAUUGGAGCAUCGUUCAUUGGGCAAGGGCAUUGAUUCGGAAAGGAGACGUAAUCAGCAUAACGGACCCCACGCUUAUCGGAACAAUGAAAGUCGAAUCGGUUUGGAGAGUAGCGGAAGUAGCGAUCCAGUGCGUCGAGCAACAUAGCACCGCCAGACCAAGAAUGCAGGAGAUUAUACUUGCCGUACAAGAUGCGAUCAAAAUCGAGAAAGGAACGGACAAGUUAGAUUCUAUCGAGAGUUCGACGAAAGGACAGUCUUCGAGAAAAACGCUACUAACGAGCUUUCUCGAUAUCCAAAGUCCCGACCUUUCUAACGGCUCCUUAGUCCCUUCGGCUAGAUAAGGAAUUAGCCGCUUUUUCGAUAAACCCGAAUGCUGUGUGCGAUUUUUUUUUACGACAUGGUAAAAUGGUAAUAUUCUUCAGCUAACAUACAGAAACUCAGGUUUGCAGUUAAUUUGUUUAUACUUAAAUUUAGAGAAUCUUUACACAUAUGUUACAUUUAUUUUUAGUGCAUUAACAUGUCUGUUAUAUGGUAACUCA